AUGUCUGCCGCCCAACCCGAGACCUGUACGUUGCCCCCUCCCCGUGCGCUGUCGAGCUGCGACUGAUCUCGAAUGCUGAUUCUCGCAAUGCCAUUCUCUCACGUUCCAUCACCACCACCACAGUCGGAUUCCAGGCCGAGAUCAGUAAGUCGCCUUGGCACCGAGUACCACCCCUUUGUGUACUAUGACUCACAAUAUAUCUUUACUCCUCUACAGCCCAACUCUUGGACCUCAUCAUCAGUACGUAGUGCAUCGCUAGAGGGGAGAAAAGACAUCGCCAAGUCGACGUCUUUCCAUGAGCUUCCAUCACCCAUUCCAGCCUCCCUCUUGCUAGCCCCGGCAUGUACUGACGUGUUCUCUUCUCCACCACCUCGUCUCUGCUUUGAACUUGUGCAGACACUUUCUACUCGAACAAGGAGGUGAGUAGGCCGCAUCGACAGCUGCUUUUCCUCGACCCUUCUGGGCACCUCACACUCCGGGGGUGCCCAGACUGGAGCGAGCCAUAGCCUGAGUCUUGAACGGUCUACAGACGAACGAGACUGACCUUACUGCGCAUCCUCCUCCCAGAUCUUCCUUCGAGAAUUGAUUUCCAACUCGUCCGAUGCCCUAGACAAGGUUCGCUACUCGGCCCUGACCGACCCCACACAGCUCGACACCGAGAAGGAGCUUUUCAUCCGCAUCACCCCCGAUGUCGCCAACAAGACCUUGACCAUCCGUGAUUCCGGUAUCGGAAGUGAGUCCUUACUGCCCACACCGCUCCACUGUCCCCGAAAGAAUCAAGAAUUAACCUUUUCUUCUCUUUUUUCCUCUUCUCGCCACACCCAGUGACCAAGGCCGAUUUGGUCAACAACCUCGGUACAAUCGCCAAGUCCGGUACAAAAGCCUUCAUGGAGGCGCUCUCGUCCGGUGCCGACAUCUCCAUGAUCGGACAAUUCGGUGUCGGUUUCUACUCGGCUUACCUCGUCGCCGACAAGGUCACCGUCAUCACCAAGCACAACGACGACGAGCAGUACAUCUGGGAGUCCGCCGCCGGUGGCACCUUCACCAUCACCCCCGACACGGUCAACCCCUCGCUCGGCCGAGGCACACAGAUGGUUUUGCACAUGAAGGACGACCAGCUCGAGUACCUCGAAGAGAAGAAGAUCAAGGACAUCGUCAAGAAGCACUCCGAGUUCAUCUCGUACCCGAUUCAGCUCGUCACCGUCAAGGAGGUCGAGAAGGAGGUCGAGGACGACGAGGAGGAGGAGAAGAAGGAAGGCGACGAUGACAAGCCCAAGAUCGAGGAGGUCGACGAGGAUGACAAGAAGGAGAAGAAGACGAAGAAGGUCAAGGAGUCCGUCACCGAGCAGGUCGAGCUCAACAAGACCAAGCCCCUGUGGACACGCAACCCGACCGACAUCACCGCCGACGAGUACGGUGCCUUCUACAAGUCGCUCACCAACGACUGGGAGGACCACCUUGCCGUCAAGCACUUCUCCGUCGAAGGUCAGCUCGAGUUCAAGGCGAUCCUCUUCAUCCCCAAGCGCGCGCCCUUUGACCUGUUCGAGUCCAAGAAGAAGCGCAACAACAUCAAGCUCUACGUGCGCCGCGUCUUCAUCAUGGACGACUGCGAGGACCUCAUCCCCGAGUACCUCAACUUCGUCAAGGGUAUCGUCGACUCGGAAGACCUGCCGCUCAACAUUUCGCGAGAGACGCUGCAACAGAACAAGAUUCUCAAGGUGAUCCGCAAAAACUUGGUCAAGAAGACGAUGGAGAUGCUCGCGGACAUUGCCGAGGACAAGGAGAACUUUGGCAAGUUCUACGAGGCGUUCGGCAAGAACAUCAAGCUCGGUAUCCACGAGGAUGCGCAGAACCGCUCCAAGCUCGCCGAGUUCUUGCGCUUCCACUCGACCAAGUCCGGAGAGGAGAUGACCUCGCUCAAGGACUACAUCACGCGCAUGCCCGAGCAGCAGAAGAACAUCUACUACCUCACCGGCGAGUCCCUCUUGCAGGUCCGUGACUCGCCCUUCCUCGAAAUCUUCAAGAAGAAGAACUUUGAGGUCUUGUUGAUGGUCGACCCCAUCGACGAGUACGCCACGACGCAGCUCAAGGAGUUCGAGGGCAAGAACCUCGUUUGCGUCUCCAAGGACGGCCUCGAGCUCGAAGAGACCGACGAGGAGAAGGCGCAACGCGAGAAGGAGACCAAGGAGUUCGAGGACCUGACCAGGACGAUCAAGGAGAUUCUCGGCGACAAGGUCGAGAAAGUGUCGAUCUCGAACCGCAUCUCGGACUCGCCGUGCGUGCUCGUCACCGGUGCCUUUGGGUGGUCAGCCAACAUGGAGCGCAUCAUGAAGGCGCAGGCGCUGCGCGACGCCUCGAUGUCGUCGUACAUGCAGUCCAAGAAGACGCUCGAGAUCAACCCGCACAACGCGAUCGUCAGGGAGCUGCGGUCCAAGGUCCAGGAGGACGCCGCGGACAAGACCGUGCGCGACUUGGUCACGCUCUUGUACGAGACCGCUCUGCUCACUUCGGGCUUCACCUUGGACGCGCCUACGGACUUUGCCGCACGCAUUCACCGCAUGAUCUCGCUCGGUCUCUCGAUCGACGAGGACGAGGAGCCCGCUGCCGUUGAGGAGUCCAAGGUGGAGGAAGGGUCGGACGCACCCGCUCUUGAGCCCGCCGGAGUGAGCUCGAUGGAGGAGGUCGACUAA